UCAUGCUGCUGCCAGGUCCAGAGUGUGUCAUGGGUCCCUGUACGGCCUCCCAUUGCUGCUGUCUCCAUCGCCACACUCUGCCAUGUGCCACUUUCAGGUCUCCUCACACUGCUGGUGGGUUCCAUUUUGUCAUAGGGUGCUGGUGCUGUAUGGCCUCCCAUUGCUGCUGCCAGGCCCGUAAUCUGCCAUGGGCCCCCGUACCGACUCCUCAUGCUGCUGCCAGGCCUGUAAUCUGUCAUGGGCCCCUGUACCGCCUCCUCAUGCUGCUGCCAGGUCCAGAGUGUGUCAUGGGUCCCUGUACGGCCUCCCAUUGCUGCUGU